AUGGAAGUGUAAGAUGGCGGAGCGACUGCGGAAGCCCCGCUUGCUCCGAAGUCACCCCGUUUCUCUCCCCUCCCCGCCGUAGGAUAAGGGGGGGGGAUUCCCUGCCUAUUGGGGGGGCGUGUAAAUUCAGGGGAGUGGGUGAGGCCGUUCAAACUCGGGUGGGAGGAAGAGGGGGAUUCCUGGAAUGGUCUUUUUUCCUGAGGUUGAUUUCCUCACAUUUAGGUGGCUGAGGGAAUAUAUUUUUUUGGGGGGGGGGGGAGAUAUUUCCUACUUGGGGGGAUUUUUGGAAUUGACCUUUCCCGAGGCAAACUUUCUCACAUUUAGAUGGCUAUGGGGUUUUUUUGGGUGGGGGGAAGAGGUGACCUGCAGCUGCCCUUUCCAGAGGUAAAUCUCUCAUUUAGAUGGCUAAGGGUUUUUUGACGGGGUGGGGGGAGUUUCUGUGAUGUGGAGGGAGAAAAUGGAGGGGUGGAUUUCCAGGAAUUGGCAAUGCCUGAGGUAAUUUCCUACCCUUCCCCACCCCCCAAAAAAAACAAUUGGAGGGAUGGCUGAGGAAAAAAAGAGGGAGUAGAAAAUGAAAUCGUUCCUAAGAGGGAGAGGUGAGAUGGGGGUCCUGGAAUUGGCAUUGCUUGAUGAAAUUUCCUAAAAUAAAAGAACACCAAUAUAUUUGAAGGGAUGGUUGAAGAAAUGAGGGUGCUGGAGGGAUGUCUAUAGAAAUUCCUCUCAUAAAAGUUCUGAAGGGGUGAAUGAACAAUCGGACGGGUGCAGACCUCCUUCUUGGGCACACAACAUUAUUUUUAUAUUUCAUAAAAUUUAUACACCAGAUUGUAAAAAAAAAAAAGAAAAACCCUCAAAGUGACAUACAAUACAAAAAAAGAUAAAACAAUAAAAUUAUCACUAGAAACAAUUUAAAACAUCCAAAAAACUAAAAUCAAUAAGCUAAAAAAAAGUGUAAAACAGGCACCAGCAUUCUAAGUAUCUGGGUAGGCUUGUCUAUAAAUGAUAAUAUUUUUAGGAGGUACUGAGCAGACAGAGAAGGGGCUGCCUGAUAAACUUGCAGAGAUAAAAGGAGAAGACAGUCCCGUCAUGCAGGCUCACAAUAUAAUGCACACAGUACAAAAUGAAAAGCGAGUGAGGAGGGCAGAGGAAAGCAGAUGAACCCAGGACCCAGUUCUUGAAGUUAUAUAAUCUCCGUGGCAUCAUCUGGCUCCCUGCUUUCAGUGGUGCUGUUAACAUUAAUUUUAGACUCUAGGUUUAAUGUUGUGUUGGGUGGUAAUAUGUAUUUAUUCCACUUUUGUCCCCCUCCAUUCUGAUGAGGGGAGCUCUGGGCUUCUGCACCAAAAUCCUGCCCUGACCAUUGCCUGCUUUUUAAGUACACUACACACAAUAUCCAGCAGCUCUCAGUCUUCUGGCUAAUGGAUGGGGCCAGAGUGUGGGUACAUCCACUGAAAGUAAAACAUGCAUAGGGUUGCACUGCAGAUUUUAUUAAGAUUUCCCUAACUGACAGUCACCUGUUUGUGUCACCUACAGGUUACCAGAUCUGUGGAGAUUUUUAUGCAUAAUCAUCUUUUUCUAAUUCAGAAUGAUUAAUCUACAAGGGAAGGGCGGGAAGCACAUUUUUGUGUCACAUCCUUGGCGUGAAUGUCUGUAAAAUAUUUCCAUAUAGCAUCCUUCACCAACCUGGUAUACUCCAGAUGCUGGGGACUACAAUUCCCACCAGCCCAGAUUUAAACAUCUAGAGCAGGGGUCAGCAAACUUUUUCAGCAUGGGGUGGGUCCACUAUCCCUCAGACAUAGUGGGGGUCCGGACUAUAUUUGAAAAAAUAAAUGAACCAAUUUCUAUGCCCCACAAAUAACUCAGAGAUGCAUUUUAAAUAAAAGGACACAUUCUACUCAUGUAGAAACACGUUGAUUCCUGGACCGUUUGCAGGCCAGAUUUAGAAGGUGAUUGGGCUGGAUCCGGCCCCAGGGCCUUAGUUUGCCUACCCAUGAUCUAGAGGGCACCAGUUCAGGAGUGGCUGUUUCAUGGGGCCUUUCUUACAACCAGCACACAUAACAGUUUGUGAGGUUAAGUCUGAAAAUAGGAUCCUGCACACUGGACAAUAUUGCCAGCUUUUCUUUCUUCCACACCCUCAUCGUUGUUCAUUUUCUGCUUCGCUCUGUCUUGGCCCAGUCCCACCCUUGCAAAAACAAAAGUAACAAACAAAAAUGAAUUGCCCGGGACUGGAUAAGUCAAAAGCAAAGUCCAUUAGUAGUUGCUAGGAUAGAGCAGCUUCAUUUUCAUGAAGUGAAAAUCAAAUCCCUGUGUAAAGUCUUUUCAUACUUGAGAAAUGAUCAGAUUGGUUCUUCAUUUACAUAGAAACACUAAGCUUUAAUCAGUGCCUCUACAAGAAAUUAUUAACUGCAGGGCUGACAUGUUUAUAUUCAAAUUAUUUAAUAUGAACUCUUUACCUCUGGAGGGCUCCAGGUUCCCCAUUCCUGCACUACAGAAAUUGGACUUACUCCAUCUUCCCAUAUGAUAUGCAUCAUUCAUCUUUACUAUUUUUUUAAUGACGCUGUUAAGGAUAACUUUAAAAAUAUAAUAUGGUUACUGUUGAGUGCCAGAUGGAGAGUCAUUUUUAAACGCUUUACACAUGUUAUCACAGAGCAGAUUGUGUGGGAUGAAGGCCACCAUCAUGCUGAAGCUAAAUAGGUAUAAGUCUGGUCAGUGGAUGGGAGGCCGGCUGGGAACCACAUGUGGGUUCCAUGAUGAUAAAUGUAAGAAAAGUAAAUUGCAAGCAGUUUUUGUUGCAGAUGAAAACAUAUGGGUGAUAGCAAGGGUCUUGACAAAAAGAUGGGUUUUGAGAAGUUCAUUUUGAGUUUCUGUUCAUAGAAAAGUAUUUGUUUAAUUUGAGAGUUGUACUGGACAUGAUUGUCUUUAUUUAAAUGGAAACCAUCUUAAAGCUGGACAUUUUCUUCGUUUAUUACUGUGUCUUCCCCAGAAAGGGAAAAGGUUCCUUCCCCCCUCCCCCCAGGGUGUCCUGAAGUAGAAAUGGAUGGGGGUUAUAUUUGGUACAAUCUGACCCUAUGCACUUUUACUCAGAAGUCCCACUGACUUUACUAGUACACAAUACCAAGUACUUAGGUUGCAAUCAAACUGUGUGUGUGUGUGUGGCAAUGUCAACUGGUAUCAUUCUUAGCAUAUUGAUGUAGUUGCACUCAAGACGGGAAUACAAAAAUAGAUUAAAUUGUGUGAUAGUAGUUCCAUAUUUUCCAGCAAGACUUAACACACCGAAAAGAGCCUUGACCUCCCUGAACCUUCUGAUUUAUUAUGAAACAAUGCAAACUUUUUCUCUUUUUGCUCCAAAUGGGACCACUCUUUGUUUUAAAUGCACUUCAUCAACAAUAAUUCUUCCUAGACCCAUUAGUACAUUCAGUUGCUUUCUGUACUGUGUUCUUUAUUUUAUGUAGGGCAUUAAAAAAAUGGGCUUUGGUCAUAGAGAAUCUGCAGGGAUUUCUCUAGAUGUAGAUGGAAUGCAAAGAUAGCCCUCUACCAAAGAAUCAAAUAUACGUAUCAACAAAAAGCAGUAACCGUUUUUGCAAUGCAUGAAUGUGUGUGUUUGUGAUCUUGCUUGCUUGCUGAAGUUUCUGCUGGAUCAGCAAAAUGUGUGAUGAGAACUGCACCUCAGCGUAUUUUCAGAAGGGGGUCCCCUCUUUCCCCCCUCGCCCUAUCCCAAUGCAAUUUCAAAAACAAUGCUAGAAACUGUGGAAGUUUGUGGAAGAGGCGUUGAACUUGUUUGAAAGUGAUGAGUAUGACAGUUCUAUUCAAACAGUUGGCUGUGCUUGACAUAAUACAUUGUACUUUUAAAUAUGUUGCAAUACGGGGACCCGAGAAUAGCCUUACCCUCCUCCUUUUAUAUAGCUGUGGCAACUUUCUGUUGUUAGUGCUGUCUGUCUGUUCAGCAGAACCCAUUGUCCUGAGGAUGUAUAGCGGUCGCGGCUUUGUGGUGUUUUUGUUUUCUUUUAAAAACUAACAUUCUAUUUAUUUAUAAUGGAAAUAAAUUAAAUAAUAUUGUCUGUAGCUUAAUCGGGAUUGUGCUUAAAUAGUAAACAAUAGCUAGCAAGUGAAUCUAAGCACUUGUAAAUAAGUGUGGGUUGCAGUAGUUCUUGCUGGCUGUGGAACAUGCCAGUCUGCUCCAUCUCUAGUUGUGCUUUAAAAAGGUAUUUAUGUGUGGCUGGUUGCUUAAAGUAUGAGGGUCCACAUUUGUGAAUGGUGUUGAUAGCAAUGCAGGAAUCUUGGGAGCUGCCUAUCUACCCUAUGGAAUGACUAGAUAGCAUCCACAAUUGGAUGUACAUUGGUUCCCUGAUUCAGCAGAUGAUAUGAUGUUUGUUAUCCCACUUCUCCAUUUCUAAAGAAACAAGGCAGUGCGAAAUCUACAAAUAACAAGUAAAGCAAUUCAGAAGGUACUGCAAAAGUUUCAUGGCAAGCUCAGGCAGCAUAGAAAGGGACACCAGCAACUCAACAGGGCCAGCACAACUGUCAAGGUUUCAAGGCAAGCUCAGCCUCCUUAGGCAGGGAAUUUUGCAGUCUUCUGAGACUGCCAACAAGGCCCUCUCCCAAAGAACUGUUGUGAUCCAGCCAACAUUUCUGUUGUUGAGGCACAGAAGGAAACUUCUCCAACAGACCUAAACUCAUGGGAACGUUUAUAGCUUGGGUCACCAGGGGCAUAGAAGGGUGGUUACUGGUCAUUGCUAAGGGGAAAAAAAAUUAAAGUCCUGCUCAGAAACAGUGUUGCGAUGUGGGAAAUAUCUGCCCCCUUCAUAUCUGACAGUUAGUGGCUCUUACAGGGGGAGCAACAAAGCCCCACUUUGCAUUUACCCCUCCUGCUGCUAUAAGCCUUUUGCUGGAAAAAUAAUAAUAAGCAGCAACAGCCACUACACACCACCAGUGGCUUGAAACUGAUUUACAGUGGAAUCCUAUAUAUGUGUCUAUUUAGAAGCAAGACCCAUUGGUUUCAUUGGGACUUGCUUCCAGAUAAGUGCUUGUAGGACUGCAGCCUUAAACAUGCAGGAAAGCUCUUUCCUUAGCAUAUAUUUUGACUCCAUAGAGGUAGUUUAUAGCAAAGUUAGACUAUGCAUUUCUAGGACCAACUCAUGUUUUUAAACAAGGACUUGAGAAGAAGAGUCCUGCUGGAUCAGGCCUUAAGUCUAGCAUCCCAUUUCCCACCAUGGUCAAUCAGAUGUCUGUAAUCAGCCAACAAAGAGGCAUGAAAGCAACAGCACUAUCCUACUGGUAUUCCCCAGCAACUCAUAUUUACAGGUACUCUGCCUCUGGACGUGGAAGUACAUGGAUUGUGUACACUGCAUAACUUUAAAGCACACUCCUGCCCGCUCCAAAAAUGAUUAUUUAAUUUACCCCUCACAAAGCUAUAAUUCCCAGUACCCUUAACAAACUACAGUUCCCAGGAUUCUUGGGAUAACAAAUGUGUCUCAAAUGUAUGGUGUGUGCACAGAAAUGGUUAACAGACACUGAUAGACAAAUUCAUAGUGAAGUCUGAUCCUUGUCUAAAGACAUCUUGUGGCAAUGAAUAUGUGCUGUGAGAAUUAAGUGUAUCCUUGUCUAUGUGGGCAGUGAGUUUCUGAGUUUGCCAGUUGAGUUCUCUUUCAAACAAAAGAGCUUAAUUGUAAUGGUUGGCUUUGAUGAGAUGUGUCCACUCACACAUGUGUAGCCUCACCCAAGUCUGGCACAAAACACUGGGAAAAACAGAACUAAGGAAAUAUACUUUUUCAAACAGUUCUUUUGUAGCUUUGUAAUGGGAGUCAGGGGUUUCUAAGGUGGAUUUUCCACACAUACGCCAACACAUCUAAAGCACCUUAACAUAUUUUAUUUAUUGUUUUUCUAGGAAAGAUGGAAAUGCAGCUCUUCUGAGCAAUUAUGAGGUAAAAUCAUUUUACUGCAAUUAUAAUUUAUGUAAAGUCCUGCCCUAUUCAGAAUGCUAGUUUUAACCUUUGUUCCAUGCCAGAGCAACAAACAAAACUUGCAUUGUAGUCAUGCAUUUCUUGGAGGAGUGGGGAAUAUAAAUGUUGAAAUGUUCCUACAGCCAAAGUUUUAAAAAGUUCUUCUCACUGGGGUGAAAGCCACACCCCUCUGAAAAUUUGUUUUUAAGGUCCUAUUUUCCAUAAAAUUGUGUGCUUGCUAUCUCUAUCUGCAAUAGAAUGAUAUAUACUUGACCUACAAUAGUUGUUAGGAGCUCAUUUUGAAGAUUGGGACCUCUUUCAAAAAUGGAAGAGAGCCGCAUACCAAAAUUAGCAGAAAAAACAGGAAUUAAACGGUUCGGCUCAUAUGAUGAGCUGCUAGCAUUCUCAAAGCUCUGAUGGCAUUUGAGGCCACAAUCAUAGCAAAGUUCUUUCUUUCAGGUGUAUAAGUUGCUGACUGAUCUUAAGCAGCAGCGCCGAGAGACCGGGAGAAGCAAGCAGAGUGCUGGGCAGCAGAAUUUGAAUACUAUCAUGUAUGAAGUGAGUAAAACCAACAACGGAAAUGAUCCUGUCCCAAGCUGCAACCUUCUCUCCGCAUCCCACUAGCCAUGCUUCUAUGCACAGGAUCCUCUUUUCUCCCAGCCCUCCUCACACACAAGAGCAUUUAAAAAGAGAGAGAGAGAAGGAUGGGAAAAAAUGUGCUUCUGCUGUCUCGAUACCAUUCAUAAUUUUAGGUAGCUCAGUUAUAUCCACAUGCAGUUUUCUAAGCCAGAAAGACUAACCCAUUUAAGCUCUCUUUUUUUAAAGGGAACAUAGAGCCUUUGACUGAGCCAGACCAAUCUGUCUAUCUAGUUCCAUACUGUGAACACUGACUGGCAGCUGCUCUCCAGGAUUUCAGGUGGGGUCUUUCCCCAGCCUUACCUGGGGAUGGUGGAAAUUUAAUCUGGGGCCUCCUGCAUGUAAUGCAUGUGUUAUUUAUUCUCUUGAGCUAUGGUCCUUUUCCUGAAAAUGAAGAUUUCAGUCUUCAUGGUUCUGAAAAAGGUCUGAUUUUAACUAGGAACAUAGGAAGCUGCCUCAGAGUGAAUCAUAGUGUUGGUCCAUCUAGCUCAAUAUUGUGUACACAGGUAGCCAGUGGCUCUCUGGAGCUUGAGGCAGGAGUUUUUUCUCUAGCCGUACCUGGAGAUGCUAUUGCGUAUUGUAACCUGCAACCUUCUGCAUGCUUUAUCAGUGAGCUGUGUUCCUUUCCCACAUAUGCCCCAAUCAUUUUUAUUUUAUUUUUCUGUACUCUAUUUCUAAUUAUGAACAUUAACAGGUGUGGAAUAAGAAAAUGUGUUAUGUCAUCAUUAAACAUUUGACCUCUGGAUUUCCUGCUCAGUGAAUAUUUUAAAGUUCCCAACAAUUUGAUUAUCAUUUCCCUAUUUGGUUACAACAUGGCUGUGAUACAUUUGCUAAUCUGAAGAGCAAUGUUGCUUUCAGAGAGCAUUGUUCCUGCUUUGGAGGGAUCGGCUUUUAAGUUAGACUUGAAAAGGAGGCAUAAAGGUAGACUGAAUCUGCACAAUUAUCUUUUUCUGCCCUUCUAGACACUGAAAUACAUAUCUAAGACACCAUGCAAAUUCCAGAAUCCUGAGGUUGUAAGAGACUUCCUCUUGGCACUGAAAAACCACAAGUUAACGAAGUAAGUCAUUAAAAUUGUAAUGUGGGCCGAUGGAUUGUAGCUGCCAGAUGAGAGGUUCAGUUAUUCCAACAGUUGACAAGAGGAUGAAAUUCCUUCCCCCAGUCUGCUGCUUCUCCCAUGCAACCCCCUCCAUCCCAAGAACAACCCAGCACCGUGUUUGUAACUGACUGCUGAGCUUGGCCUUGAUGUAUGAUGCUUUUGAAUUUCUGGUUUCAGUACAUUCUAACCCAUAGAAAAGCAUGAGUUUAUGAAGCACAGAGAGGUUUCAAGUGAUGAAAGAGCUUGCCGCUGCCAGCAGUCAUUGGCUUGGACUUAAUUAUUUGGUCUGGGCACAUUCAGUGUCUUAUUUUUCUUCUAAUGAACCACUGAAAGAGUGCUUGUAACCUUGCUGGUUGUAUAUACAGGCAGCCACCCUCUUCACAGUCCCUCCAGGUUGUGUGUGACUACGCAUCUCAAGUCUCUUUCUGUGCUCCACAGGGACUUUGCUAUAUAUUUUUCUCCCAAAGUAUGUAUGUCUAAAUGUAUUUUACCCUAAAAUAAUAAUUUUAUCUACAUACUGGUAUGCUCUUUGAGCUGAGAGCUGCAAUACAGAAUUCAAAGAAAUGCAAAAUCUGAAAGGUAACUGCAUUCAUGGGAUGUGUGGAUUAGAUCCAUUUGUAUCAGAAUUGGCAAAUAACAAAUUUCUCAAGCUUUUCUGACAGUGCCAUGAUGAAAUGAGUGGGAGGGUGCUUUCCCUUACCCCCCCUUCCAAGCUGACCAAACUCUGUGUUCUGCUUUCAAGCAGAUUGGACUGGCUUUUCUCAUUCUUCUGUGAGGCGCCAGUGCUAAGUCUUUAUCCUUUAGUGCUACUUAGCAGAUGUUUGUGCCUUUGCAAUCCGGUGGGCUCCGUGUUUUCAAAGUAGCGAUGAAACUUGUCAAAAGCAAUCAGUCCCAAGAGAUGGAUGAGUGAAUCUGCUUUUCAAUCUGUUAUCAAAAGAUAAAAACUGGAUUUACCGGUUUGAAGAAUUACUUUUUCUCAGUGGCUUUGUAGAUCUGAAAUGCAUUUUAUUUCCACUGGGCAGGUCCAAUUCACAGCAGGAAAAAAAAUCCAAGAGGAACAUUGCUGAUAAGCAUAGGAUAUAAAAAUAAAACAAAUGACAUACCCUGGGUGUCAAAGACCAGUGCAUACAAGCAUAUAGCGGUUAUAAAUGUGAAAAUAUAUUUAAUGACAUUCAAGGUACAAGCGUUUUAAACUGAAUGUCCAGGCAUUCGCUUAAAAAAAGUUUUUAUUAAUAUAUUUUCCAUAAGUAAAAAAAAUAAAUACAUUCAGCAUCUCUGUUUACAAAUUGUAGAGUCCUUCAUACAGGUUAGUUAUAGUCAGUUUGAGACAUCGCUGUUAUAGGCAAUAUGGGGUUGACAGGGAGAGAGGGCAUUACUUCUCCUAAACCAUAAGCAUGCAAUUUAUGAGAAAACAUGGAACUGCAGAUAGUAAAGUGGGUAUUAAUUCUGGUGGAAUUACCACUGAUAUCCCUUCCAUAAGCCUUUGUAAAAUGUAUUAGUGAUAUGCAACAUGAGUUAUACUCAGAGUAGACUCAUUGAGAACGGUAGAUACUCUCUGAGUAUAAAAAGGUAAAGGACCCCUGAUAGUUAAGUCCAGUCACGAACGACUGUGGGGUUGCAGCGCUCAUCUCGCUUUACUGGCCAAGGGAGCCGACGUUUGUCUGCAGACAGUUUUUCCGGGUCAUGUGGCCAGCAUGACUAAGCCGCUUCUGGCAAAACCAGAGCAGUGCACAGAACCGCUGUUUACCUUCCUGCCGGAACGCUACCUAUUUAUCUACGUGCACUUUGAGGUGCUUUUGAACUGCUAGGUUGGCAGGAGCUGGGACCGAGCAAUGGGAGCUCAUCCCGUUGCGAGGAUUUGAACCACCAACCUUCCGAUCAGCAAGCCCUAGGCUCAGUGGUUUAGACCACAGCGCCACCUGCGUCCCUUUCUCUGCAUGAUGCAAUGCAUGAUACAAAAAUAUGCCAAAGAACAGUUUGAAAUGUAAACGGCUCCCAGUCUGUUUUGAAGUUUGCCUCAAGAUUUUGGUGUUUCCCUGUAGGUAGUCAGAUUUGAAAGAUCAGUAUUUUUACAAUGUUGAUUAAACCAAAAUGAAACCUUACCAGAUUACAUGCAAGGAUACUAUGCUGACAGCAGAGGGAGCUACUAGUUCAGAGUUCUUGUUUGCGGGAUUGGUAUGUUGUUGCUUCCUGAGAGGAAAGAUAGGCAAGAGAAGUAAGUAAAUAUUGAGCCACAAUUUUCCAGGGAGUCCUCCUGAACAAGCCUUGCUGGAUUGAAUGGAGACUGAAUUUUCCAGGGGGGUCUUAAGGCACGAGAAGUUCCCAGUGCCCUUGAAUAACCAUUGUUACUUGCUUCUGUCCUUGCAUUACCACUUCAGAAUAAUCUAUUUGGUUUAGUUUUGUUUGUCUGGACCUAAACAAAUGUUAAGAGAAAUUGUUUUUCUAUUAUUGCUAAUAUUUUUAAGAACAUAAGAAGAGCCUGCUGAAUCAGGCCUGUGCCAAUCUAGUCCAGCAUCCUGUUCUCACAGUAGUCAACCAGAUGCCUGUGGGAAACCUAUAAGUAGGAUUUAAGCACAAGUGCACUUUUCCUGUGUUUUCCUGCAACUGGUAUUCAGAAGCAUUGCUUCCUCCAAGCAUUUAGACAGAGCACAGUCAUCAUGGCUAGUAGCCAUUUAUAGCUUUUUCCUCCAUGAAUUUGUCUAGUUGUCUUUUAAAACCAUCUAAAUUGGUGGCCACCAUUGCCUUCCAACUCUGCUCUUUUUUUAGGUGAAGCAGCCAUAACUACACAGUACAGUAAGUCUGCAACUUGCACACAUAUAACUUGUGUGCAUUCAGCUUUAAGUGAAUGGUAAAUUAAUUUUUUUUUUAAGAGGGCGGGGUUCUGGGGAAAAUGGCUUUGGCAAUUUCACCUGCCAUUGAACUUUUAGGCACAAUCUCUGGAACAUAGCCCCCAUGUAAAUGGAGGGCCUAAUGUAUUCCAAAUGCGGCUGCACCUUGGAUUUGUGUAACUACAUUAUUAUAUUAGCACUUUUAUUUUCAGUUCUGUUCCUUCUCAUCCCUAGCAUGGAACUUGCUUUUUUCACAGUUGCUGCUCAUAAGAGGAUCGUACAUUCAGCUCUGGGAGAUGUUUUAAUUGAGUUCAGAUUUUCCCUGAGGUUAUUUUAAAAACAAACUUAUAUCUUAACGUUGUUAAGAAAUUAAAACUGAUUUACAUGUUUAAAAAUCCAUGGUUUUUUAAAAAAUAUAUAUUUUUAUGUACCCUGCUGAUGAGUCUUCCCUACUCCACUUUUUGUCUUCCUGGAGCAUAUUUGUGCACCCCAGAAUAUGAGCCUCCUAAAGGGUUUUUUCUGGCGCCUCUGAACUUGAAAUAUUUUCUUUUCCAACUGUCUCUGGGACAGCUCUAUGGAAAAGUGUCCUGUGGGUUGUAGUUGGCAUCCAAAGAAUCCUGGUUUCAGAAAGAGUAGUGGUUUGUGAGUGUGUCUGAGCAAAGAGUUACAAUGGAAAUUGGAUGGUUUUAAAACUUUUGGGCCACUAAAUGCCACAGUGGGUUUGGGUUAUGGAUGUGGCCAUGAGCCUGUUUCCAAACUCCCAAAUGGUUUCAUUUUUGCCUGUUGUGCAUCUCAUCUGAGGUCAAGCUACAACUUUGGCUCUCCAGCCAUUGUUUUGUGGCCAAGAAGUGUUAGCAUGCGGAUGGCUCCUGUAACCAGAAUCCCUAAAUUAUAUGGUGUUGUGUUCUUUGCAUUUGCACAGGGCAGAAAAACUGCAACUUCUCAACCUCAGGCCUGUGACUGCCGUUGAGAUCCAGUUGGUAAGUUGCGAAGCUUCCAGGUAUCCCUAGCCCUUGAAGAGCAUUAACCCUUUUCCUUUUGUGUCCUGAAAUGUUCAGAGUCUUUUGAUGCUGCUCAUUGACCUUUUUAUAUUUCCUGCUCCUUCUUUGUUGUUUCCCUGACUGCCCUCCACUUACCUUGCUGUUUAAUCCGGCCCUAACAACCCCAGUGAUUUUGCCAGCAUUGUCACAAAGUGACAUCUGAUGUGAUGACAUCAUGGACAACAGUAAAUGAGCCACGUAGCUGGACACACCUGCACUGCUUAAAUGGCACUGAGGGGAAAAUGGGGUGGGAGCCAGCAGAUGACAGAUAAACUUCAUGCAGCUGUUUAAAAUUUUUGUGCCCUGCUUUUUAGUCUGUAGUCAUUUUUUGUUUUCUUUUAAAAUGUUUUUUAUUGUAUCUUUGCUUUUGUGUUGUAAGCCUUCCUUAACAAUUUAUUUGAGGGCUGGGAUCUACAUUUCAGGAAUAAGUAUAAUUAAUAACUAGAUGCUCAAAAAGCGGCAUUGGAACAGCACAAAGACAUUCAUAAUUAGAAAUCAUUUGUGUUUUUGUCAGUCAUAAGAAUGAACAUGAUUAUUGCAUUUAUAGCCCACCUUUCACUCUACGGGGCUCAAGGCUUACAUGAUUCUCUCUGCCAUUUGAUUGCCACAACAACCCUGUAAGGUGGGAUAGGCUGAAAGAGAGUGACUGGCCCAAGGUCACCCUGUGAGCUUCAUGGCCAGGUGGGGAUUCGAACCCUGGUCUCCUUGGUCCUAACCACUACACCACACUGGCUCUCAAAUUUAGUGGUUUUGGCUCAGACCUCUUUAUGGCCAAGAGGAUGAUUGGCAGGGGUGGGCACCAAUCUCGUGCCAAAGUGUGUUGCACAGCAUAGUGGGCCACAAGAGAGGUGGUGAACAGUGAAGGGUGAGGAUGCAGGAGGUGAAAGUCUGGUGGCAGUGGUGUAUCCUAAAGGAGUGAUAUGAAAGGCCAGAGGGAAACACAUGGAGAAGCAGCAGCUGUGUUUGGCUGCCCCCUUUGGUGAGCCAGCUGGGGCUGUAGUUCAGAGGGUUCCACUAGAUCAGGGGUCAGCAAACUUUUUCAGCAGGGGGCUAGUCCACUGUUCCUCAGACCUUGUGGGGGGCCGGACUAUAUUUGGGGGGGGGGGAAUGAAUGAAUUCCUAUGCCCCACAAAUAACCCAGAGAUGCAUUUUAAAUAAAAGCACACAUUCUACUCAUGUAAAAACACACUGAUUCCUGGACCGUCCGGAUCCAGCCCCCGGGCCUUAGUUUGCCUACCCAUGCACUGAUGAUGAUGUACCCUCUGUCUCUAGAAUGGUUUGCCCUAAUCCUGGCUCAUUGAGUUGAUCUACAAAGGCUAGAAGGUGAGCCCUCUUGGGUCUGCUUGCCUGCCUGCCUGCCUAGCUGCUAUAUGUGGGUUUUCUCCCUCAGCCACCAUUCAGGGACUUGGUAAGUCCCAAUUUCCACUCUGCUUGCCUCUCCAGGUUACCUAAAGCCUAGCAACCGAAGCUAACAGACCUUAAAGUACUGUGUAAUAAACAGGUAUUGACUGAUGCGUCAUUGAGAACCAAUGUAUCCUUGAGCACAUAAAAUGUCUACUGUUUUAGAAGGAGAUGAAUAGCUGAAGUAAACACUCUGAGAUGGCCUCUGCACCCGCUGAAGCUGUGGGAGUUGUUGAGUCAAUGAAAUGGGAAGAAGGUGAUUUCUCUGCUCCCUCUCCCCUCCCCCAACAAAAGGAAGUUCAUUAGGUUACAGCAGAUUGAAGACAAAAGGUGACUGCCAGGUUAAUCCCCCCAAUAAAAGCACUUGUUUCUAAACCUCUUCCUGAAUGCAAAGCCUAGGAAAUGGAUCUGGAAGCUGAAGCAUGUGGAUAUCAUUCCAUGUUGCAGAAUUGACUUAGCAGUAGAUUUCCCCUUCUUUAUUUGCGUCUGUGCUGUCUCUUUUCAAAGCAAUGUAUAGCAAGCAGGAGGAAAAGAAAUUGAAAUAAUUCACCCAGCUUGAAAAGUACACAUAUAUGGCAGGCAAGCUAUUGCAAGGAGAAAUUAAUUUGAGAUUGAGUAUAAAGAAGUUAAAGAGUGGGAUCCUGCGUCAGCAAAUGGUUAAGAGAUGUUCUUUUUCUCAUUGAGAUAAAAGUUUACGGGCAGAGGCUUACGGGUCAGAGAUGGAGACUUACGUAUAUCUGAUUUUACUUGGCGCAAGGAAUAAUUUUCUGUUUGCUCUUGUCAUGAUCAUCAUGAUAUGAAAAUGUGACCGUCCUUUCAGAGAGUCUUUCUUUAUUCCAUUGAGGCAAAUUCCCUGCAGUUCCAGAGAACAAAGGCCAAUUUAAAGGUGUGGGUUGGCAGUUGCCAUAGAAAAAGAAGGGACUGUCUGGGUGGGUGUGUCCCCCAGAACAAGACAUUUCCGAAAACAUGAUGUGUUAACAUUUGAACAUUAAGGGGAUUGUGUGUGUGUGUGUGUGUUUUUCCCAAUGAUCUCUUUGCAGCUUGUGAAAAUUUGGUAUUGGUUACAGUAAUAAUUCAUUGAGUUCCUUUAUUCAGUACCAUCGCUGUACAUUUUUACACUGCCCAGUUUGCUGCUUGAACGACCAUAGCAGGAGGGCAGCAGCUUCCUGAUCUUAUCUCUCAGCUUAGCAAAGAUGCAGCAGAUCUGUGAAGUGCCUGACAUCCUGGCAUGCUUUGCCCAAAGGGCCCUGUGGGCAAAAUUCAGAGGCCUGGCAGGCCUAAUGAGGCCCACAGGCUAGAGAUUCAGCAAUGCUAGUCUGUCACAUAGAAGGAAAACCUCCCUGAUUUAGUGACUCUGUCACUUGCUUCUCUAUUUGAUUUUAUGUCUGUUUCAUUGAUCCUCUUUUAAAAAACUUUUUAAAGAAGAUCUUAUUUUUUGUGUUUUCAUCUGCUGCAGGUUUUAUCCUGUUUUUUUGUGCUUUCUGUGAACUGCUGUGUCUCUUGCUCCAAAAGAAGAGUGUUCCAAGCAUAAGAGAAAUGUCCCAAAUAAAUAAACAGUUAGGUUUGCCAAACAUUCUAGGAACAUAAGGAGCAGUUUCAGAAGACACAAGGAAUCUUGGAUUGAACUCACUGGGUAGAAAUGAAGGGUUGGAUCUAGACUAAGUUGGAGUGACAGCAUGGUCCUAUGAAUGGUUAUCCAGAAAUAAGUCCUAAUGAGUUCCCCAGUAACUGCUUCUAGGAUUGCAGCUGUUGGUUUCCAUUGAAAUCAAUGGAAUUUGAGCUCGUCUCAGCUAUCUCUUCACAUUGAUUUCAUUGGGGCCUAAGCAUCCCUAACUUAGCCUUGCACCACACCCAUUUUGGCUAUUUCUGCUUUUACAGUAUUAGCAACUGGCUGGGGCUGAUGGGAGUAGUGGUCUGAAACAUCUGGAAGGUACCAGGUUGGCAAAGUUUGUCUGUGCUUUGCCCUAAGGAAUGGUUUGCUCUUAGCAUGUGAUGGUGGCAAGAGACCAGAGGUGGCUCACUGCUUUUUCCUCUGCAGAUCGUGGAAGAAAGUGAGGAGAGGCUCACAGAAGAGCAGAUUGAAUCCCUGCUCCAGACGGUCACUAGAAAUCUUCCUGGAGACCCAGAGCAAGAAGAGCAGCAGGAGUCAGCCAUGGCUGCAGAGGAAGAAGGAGAUCGGGUAUAG